AUGCAUUUUCUAUUCGUUCUCGGCCUUCUCGGGCCAGUGAUUGAUCAAAACUUCUACUACGUGGGGCUAAAAUACACGUCGCCGACGUUCUCGUGCGCCAUGAGCAACAUGCUUCCAGCCAUGACUUUUAUCUUGGCCGUAAUAUUUCGGAUGGAGAUGUUGGACGUGAAGAAACUGUGGUGCCAGGCGAAAAUAGCAGGAACGGUGGUGACGGUGGCCGGAGCCAUGUUAAUGACAAUUUACAAGGGACCUAUCGUUGAGCUGUUUUGGACCAAAUAUAUGCAUCUACAACAUGCUAACGAGACGACGUCGUCUAACAAUUCAAGUGAUCGUAAAGAUUUUCUCAAAGGCUCCAUCCUCCUCAUCUUAGCUACACUCGCAUGGGCCUCCCUCUUCGUUCUACAGGCAAAAAUACUAAAGACGUACUCGAAGCAUCAGCUUUCUCUAACAACACUAGUUUGCUUCAUCGGAACACUACAAGCGGUUGCUGUGACGUUUGUCAUGGAGCACAAACCCUCUGCUUGGAGAAUUGGCUGGGACAUGAACCUCCUUGCUGCUGCCUACUCUGGUGAUUGGUGCGGUGCUGAUUGUGAUUGGACUCUAUGCGGUUUUAUGGGGAAAGCAAAAGGAGAAUCAAGUGACUAA